AUGUAUUCCGUAUGUGCUACCGGCGAUCUUCCAGCUGUCCAACACUGGCAACUCGUCGACGACUUGGUAGCCAAAGAAGCCCACAAUUAUCAUGGGGGCUACCCGGGUCCCCCGGUGCACGGCCAACGCCUUCGCUGCAAGAUCAGGGGCGGGAACGAGGGUUCGACAACAUCCCGAGAUCUAGGUUUGCUGCGUAUUGCGGCAACAAUACACAUGCUGGAAUGCACUGCGAUAUGCAGCUGUGGCAACAAGCCAUAG